UAGGUUGGUAUGAAGUUCAGUUGUAGAAAUCAAGUUGCUCAGACAUUAUAGGUUAUAAGAAAUCAUAGCUUCCCUAUAGUUAGUAUCCAUAGCUAUAUUUUUUAACAAAUUUCAGGAUCAAGUUAUAAGUAACCGUCUUGGAAUUUUUCUUGUGCUACCACGCGCUAAAAAAAUGGCUAAGUCUCUAUUUAGAAACAUUUUUUUUAAAAAAAAUAAAACUCUACAUUUAGCUUGUGCAUUUGGUCUGAGUCCUAAAAUACUUGCAUUCAGCUGUGGAAUGUGAUUAUUGUAUGGUUGAGAUUAUACUGAUUACAAUUUCCUCUAACAUGCUUCGGCAACUAUACUCCUCAAUAACUCCUAGUACUUAGGUAUGUCAAUUCAGAAAUCCUGCCUUUUUAAAUGCCUGUUAUGCUGUGCCCAUAUCAUUAACCUACUAUGAUUCAAGAAGCAUUCGUGGCUGCAGGAACUAUUCCAUUUGGAUCUCCACUUUAAGAGGAUAUUGUUUUCAAUUUAUUAUACCUGACACUUGAUCUUAAUAUGGUUCCUCGUCCCAUUCUUCACUGUCCUGUAAUGUGAAUCUGUCGCAGAGUACAAUAAUUCCGACCCCAUAUGGGAGCUUGUGGGGUUGUUGAGUGUUGACCAAGGUCCAAGCAUGGACCUCUUUGGAAUCAAGGUGCUGCUUGGCUUAUUCCAAGGCCUACAUAGCUUCAUAGGUUUCCACACUGAUACAGUGAUACAAUUUAGAUAUUUUAAGGAAAACUAGAAUUUUUAGGGCACCUUUUUAGGGCACCUCCAUGUCAGAAAUCUAGAAUUUUCAUAUUUUAAGGAGCUGCCUAUUCUCAGCUUUCAUUUCUUUGUAGCACUACUACUACAUGUGUGAGGCUAUCGCAAAAGGGCGUAUGACAUGUGUGAGGCUAUCCUGUGUUUGAACUUUGAACGCUGCAGGCUGAGCCAUCAGUGUGCUGUGUAGGGUCAUUCAGCUGUCUCUUUCAUAGUAUCGUUAGGCUUCAGUCACUUCACAAGAUAGUUGGUAGUAUGUUUAGCGAGAAUGAAACUUGAACACUGAGCAAAACGGCACGUUUGCAAGCUAAGCCACGGCCAUUACUCCUUUCACAAUAUCUCGCCAAUGAAAGACUGCAGCUAUAUUUGUGCAGGGAAGCCAACAAAAUAGUACAAAUGGGCCUGGUGCCCCGCUGAUGCCUUCUGGUGCUCAAUACCCCCCAGUCCGACAUCGCCAUGUGAUAGCCAAACAGCACUCGUGCCCAGAACUGGCCUUGAUUCCUUUUACCAAGCCUUGCCCUGCGUCCUGAUCAAGUGAUCAUGAACAGUUCUGCAGAGUAGAUUUAUCGGUUUACUCUUCAAAUCUUGGUUCUGACCUCUGUAAAAUUAGGUGCUGUGCUGGUGCUGUUGAGUGAGGUUUAUCCUACGGUGUUCUCUGACCUUAUGUUGGUUAUUAGGGUGAUUUUUUUUAACUGACGACAGGUGUCGACAGGCUGAUCAUCCUACAGACAAGCCCAACUGCUAUUUAUUAUUUCCGAAAAAUCAUAAAGCGCAGCGACAGAUUCUUCACAUUUUUGUGGGCACUGCCCACUGCUGCGUAAAGACAGAUCGGUCUCAGGGGAUCACGGCGUUCCACGCUGAAAUCUGAAAUAAAAAGACUAAGCUUAUUAAUUGGGAGGGCCACAGCAGAAAAUGGGCUCUGUCGGAGGUCUCCAGAUCGGCAUAAAAUCGCCUAGGUCACUCCUGUUUGCUUCACCGUUUAUCAUGGGCUGACCAGGUGAAGCCUCCAUUCAGCUCACUGAGACUGUUUUUUUGGGGAGACAAAUAGUCGAGAUCCGUUUUUGGAGUUCGUUUCGGUUUCAGAGGUGGCAUUUUCUGCGUCACUUAUUAUUUGUAUAGGACAGCCUCUGAGCACUGCUGAUGCAGCCUCGCUGUGCUUUGCCUCCCCCCAUCUUCAUCAGAAUUUUAAAGGGAAGCGCCUGCUAGCAGCCACUUCUCCCUGCCUCCGCGCUCUUCUUUCUUCACCCUUGCACUCCCCCCCUGCACUAGCAACUAGCAAGGCAGCGAGCUGCGCGCGCAAUGCCCCAGGUGGACCUGGAGAGCCUGGUGUGCGGCGUGUCGGGCGCCGGCGCCGGGGACAGGAAGGUGUCGUGCGAGACGGUCAUCGCGGGGGGCAGCGAGGACGCCUCACCGCCACGGAUGCCACAGCCUCCGCCGCCGCCGCCGCCUCCGCCCGACCCGGACUUCCCGCCCGAGUCGAUAACCAUCCCCAUCGGCGACGACGUGGCGUUCUCGGAGCUGAACCCGAUAUACGAACGGGACGACUCCACCAAGGGCAGCACCAACCCCAAGUUCGCGGCGGCCGUCGUGGCCAACCCCAUCGCGGCCAAGACGCGGUCCAACUCCACGCGCGUCGCGGGCGCCCCGCCUCCCCCCGGGGCCGGCACCACUUUCUUCGGCCUCCCGGCCAAGAUCCGCCCGACCUUCUCCCGGCGCCGGCCGUCGCAGGGCCGGAUCUUGCACGACAAGCGCGCGGGCGGCGGCGAGGUGGAGCCGCGGUCGCCCAAGGUGUCCUGCAUUGGCAAGGUCCUGUCCGACCGGGAGCGGCACGGGCGGCGCCGGCGUGGGCGCCGCGGGUGGUGGCAAGGCGUGGCGGCCAUGUUCCGCUGCGACGGGUGCGGCCGUGUACCAGGCGGCGCGUCCAGGAAGACGGCGCUGGAGGACGAUGACGGAGAGCAGCAGCAGCAGCAGCAGCCGGGCAUUGCGGGAAUGCAGCGGUUCAAGUCCGGGAGAAGAGCCGCUUCGUGGGUCGACGAGGCGCUGGCCGCGGCGGCGGCGGGCGACGAGGACGAGGGGAAGGGGAAGGAGAGGCCCGACAGCCAGGACGCUGAGCAGUGGUCCCGGCGGCCGGUAAUUUAGGUUGUGGCGAGGGCGGGAAACGAUUGGGGGUUGGGUCGCGGAGGUGGCGUCCGCCGGGGCCCGCUGUAAGUGACUGCCGUGGUCGCCGAUAGGUGAGUGAGAGCCAGGGAUGGGGAUCGGUCGCUGCUCGAUGGCGAUCGCAGACUGGCCUAGAACUGCGAGUUUUGGAUUUCGGUGGAUUGUUUCUGCAUGGAAUUUCGCAACCCAUUUGGAAGAGCUUGUUUGUUGAAACUUGAACCAAUCAUCGGCGUACUCUGUGUACAUAGUACCUCAGCAAUAAACACGAGCGUACAAUGUGCUCCGCCA